AUGCGCCUACAAGCAACCUGGCUAGGCGCCCUGGUCGUCCUCCCCCAAGCACUCGCAUCAUUGCCAAUGUUUUACUCUGAAUCAGCGAAUCCUUACCGAAACGACGAGCCGAAUGUCAAGGUCGAAACACUGUAUCAAUUCCCUGAGAACGAAUCCUGGGUCGACAACAUCGUCCUGCGACCUGAUGGAAAUCUUCUGCUCACUCGACUUGACGCUCCCGAAGUCUGGUUGGUAGACACCACAAGUGGCAACGCGACACUAGCCCACUCCUUUGCCAAUGCGACGAGCUGUUUCGGUAUCGCUGAGAUCGACGAUGAUGUCUUUGCUGUCGUCGUAGGAAAUUUCUCGACAAAGACGUACGCGCCGACCCCGGGCUCAUUCUCGGUACAAAAGUUGGAUUUCAAGAAAAUCAAUGCGAGCUCGGAUGAGCGUGUGUUGUCAGCUGCUGCCGUCUCGCAUAUUGCUGCUCUCCCCGAGGCACAGGCUUUGAAUGGAAUGACGUCUUUCACCAAGGACUCUCAUCUGGUACUGAUCGCGGAUAGCCCGAAGGGCGCAGUUUGGAAGGUGAAUACGGAGACUGGAGAAUAUGCGGUGGCGUUGAACGAUACCACGAUGAUGCCGGCCAAGGGACAGGCGUUGCCUCUGGGAAUCAACGGGCUGAAGCUGGUGGAUGGAUAUGUGUAUUAUUCGAGUACCACGCGAAUGGAAUUCUGCCGCGUCAAGGUGAACGAGGAGGCCAAGGCUGUGGGCGACUAUGAAGUGAUUGCGAGUGGGUUCUUGCCUGACAACAUGGACGUGGCUCCCGAUGGCACGGCGUAUAUCGCCACUGAUCCUCAGAACUCGGUCGUUCGUGUCACCCCGUACGGACAAAUCUCGCUCGUUGCCGGAGGGCAGCUUUCCACCGAGAUGCCAGGCCCCACCUCCUGCCGGUUGACAGAGGAUCGCAAGACGCUCUAUGUCGGAACCAGUGGAGGCCAGGUUGCGCCUGUGGCGGGGACUUUCAUGGAGCCCGGAAAGGUGGUGAAGAUCACAAUGCUGUGA